AUGGGUACGACCGCCCCCGCGGGGCCGGCAGGGGGCGCGGUUUUUUCCCUGGAGAGCGGGGCGCCGGGCGACGGCAGCAUGGAGGACCAGCGCUCCCUCAGCAUCCACUCCUUCCAGACCUUGGGGCUCCACAACAGCAAAGCCAAGUCCAUCAUCACCAACAAAGUGGCGCCCGUGGUCAUCACGUACAACUGCAGGGAGGAGUUUCAGAUCCACGAUGACCUGCUGAAGGCCAACUACACGGUGGGACGCAUUUCCGAGGCCGCGCUGGAACACUACCUCGUGCAGGGGAAAUAUUUCAUGGUCAGGGAUGUUUAUGGCAAAUUAGAUGUCUUGAACACUACCAGCAGCUGCGGCGCUCCCAAUUUCCGCCAAGCCAAAGGAGGUUACGCCGUGUUCGGCAUGGGGCAGCCCAGCCUCAAUGGCUUCAAGCUCGUCCUGCAGAAGCUGCAGAGAGAAGGCCACAAGGAGUGCGUCUUCUUCUGCGUCCGUGAGGAGCCCGUGGUCUUCCUGAGGUUGGAAGGGGACUUUGUGUCUUACACCCCUCGGGGCAAGGAGAACCUUCAUGAGAACCUCCAGUGCCUGCAACGGGGGCCGUGGACGGAGAACUUGGAGCUGGCCAUCCGCAAAGAGAUCCAUGACUUCGCGCAGCUGAGCGAGGGCGUCUACUACGUCUACGAUGACCUUGAGCGCUUGCGGGACGAGCCCCACGCCGUGCAGGUGCGGAGCGAGGAGGACAUCCAGGUGACGGAGGAGGUCUACCGCAGACCCAUCUUCCUCCUGCCCUCCUACAGGUACCACCGGCUGCCCCUGCCCGCUGAAGGAGCCCCUUUGGAGGAGCAGUUUGACGCUUUCAUCCGCUUCCUCAGG